UUUAAUCUUAUACUUCUGUGAAAAGUAAUCGUGAAAUAGAUUUUCUUUUAUCCUUAGUCACUUCGAGAGAUAUAAUAUAAUUUAUUUCAUAAUGCCUAAUUUUAAGGAAGCGUUUUACUAUAUCAUGGCGGACAUACAAUUUCUCAUAAUAAUGGCUGAUUUACCAUUUUUAUCUGAAUUUCGACCUGUAAGUCGAAUUUCCCUACUGCAAAGGCCAAAUACCAAACUUUGAGGGCAGAUUUCCUUAUUCAGGGCAUUUUUACUUCAAAGUCGUUGACUUUCGGGUACUUUUAUCGCUCGAUAAGGUAUUUUGACUAAUAAGUCCGAUUUUCCUACUUAUAAGUUAUAUUGACUUCAAAGUUGAGAACGCUGGAUCGAUAUGCAUACCUAUAUAUGUAUAUCGAGAAACAUUUGCGGUCCAGCGGCGCGGCGCUGCGAACGUAAACAUUAACAAACAUGAGUUCACCGUGUGACGUGGUCGAGUACAGACGUGUUUUAACCUGUACCAAGUUUUUCUCGCAAAUUCGCUGGCAAAAUGGGAGAUUAUUUCACAAUUGUUGCCAUAAUUACAAAAAAAGGUACUACAACAAAAGUAGAAUAUUCGUAUGUUCCUCAUCAGUGGGUGAAAAAUGGGUUUGUAUUCUGGCCACCUAAAAAUUGUCUCACUUUGAGAAACGACCCAUCGAGUGCUCCUGAACCCGAAUGGAAAAAAUUUAAGUGCAAAAUAAAAAAAGACUUUAUUGUUGGGAAAGAAGAAGCCGAACUGUGGGAAGAGGAGUACUUGAAUGCUUCUUGUACUGAAUCUGAAGAAAACUUGUCAAUUAACCGGCAGCUUAUGGUCGUUAACAAUGACAAUGAAAUGGCCAAGACAAUCGAUAAGACCAAUAUUGAUGUAUUAUUCGACGAUGUUGCAUCAAACGUAACGUCAAACGUAACGCCAAACUUAACGCCAAAUGUAAAUGCUGCUUUAACGAAUAUUGGAUCAAACCACAUAAAUCUAUCGUUUCGGAACGAAGGUGGAAUUUUGAUUCAAGAUGAUAUGUUUGGCAAUGAUACAUUUAACGCUGCAGAUAAUGUGUUGAUCUCCAAAGAUACAGAGGAAGUGUCGCUGAAUACUAUAUUUCAAAAACUUUCAAUGAUUGAAGAACGUCUAAAACAAAUUACAGAAAAUCAAUUACACAUGUUAGAAAUGCGAACGUCCGACAAUUCCUUCUUCAAAUUGACAUUAGACAAGAUAUAUGGUAUGAUGAAGAACUUGCACGUCGGAACUAUCCCAAAGCCGACAACCAGCCACGAAAACCCAAAUGAAUCUGAGUUUGCGAGCAAAUUUAUUUUUCCAUUAAACACUGUUUCUGAUGUACAGGCGUUUAACUCGGAAAUCGAAAAGAAUGCGGACUACAAAACAUAUUUGCUCAAUACUUUCAAAACAAUUGGAGGUACCGAAGGAAACGAAGAAGGAAAAAUCGUUGCCAAAAAUUUGUUGGCUAUCUUGUUAACGAAAGAGGUAUUGACCAAGUUUUCGUGGACAGGGAUCUCCAGAACCGCGGGAGUGGAGAAGAAAGAAGCUUUUCAUUCUUGCUGCGGAAUCCUUAAUUUCUUUACAGAAAUAAUUCUAUUGGCAGAUUCACGCUGGAAUACUACUAAGAACGAUAAUUUGUUCAAAAUGCGCAUCUUGAAGCAUGCAAAACAAAUAAAUGAGGCAUCCAAAAAAAAGAAAAACAUUCCUGCCAGCAGACAAGAAGAAUCUGAUAAGGUGCCAGAUGCUACUAAUCCAGACAAUGAAGAACUUUCGUUACAAAAUAAUGUUCAUGCAGGGGGAGACGAAAUAGUAAACAAUAACAUAAUUUAGUAUGUAAUCGUUAUUUUAAUGUUAAUCACUAUUAAUAUACAUAGUUAUUAAUGUACAUCACAUAUGUACAAGACACUUGCUGUGAUAU